GAGAUGAGCGGCCACGCGAUACACAAGAGGACGUGAAGCGAACGGAGGCGCCGGAUGACAAAACCUACCUCGCAUUCCCGCUGCUUCUUCUUCGUCAUCUCUGCGACCUCCUCAUCCACGUCAUGUAAAUACUGAGGACAAAGAAAAGGGUCACAGUCAUUUAUUGAUUAAUGCAUGGGAUUCAAAUCCUGGAGGGCAGAAACCGUCCCACAGGACACCAACCAGGCGCGCUGCAUUUAAAGAGAGCAACACACGCGACACCGCAUCAAGGGGCUCCAGUGAGCAGCAGAUGGACGUGUAACUUGGUUUGGAAGCAGCUGGAAGUUGUCGCGGGCCUGCUGGUACUCACGAUGGCAACAUCUGCCUUCCUCUUCCUGGGCCGCGCCGUGUGCUCCGUGGACGCGGGUUCCGUCUCUUCCCUGCAGACGACAGGGAACAAACACGCCAAUUGACCCUUGGCCAGUCACGUGAGGCCCACGAGAAGACAAGCGAGACAUUCAUUUUGUCUGUCCUCUGUGGAUUGCUCCCCCGAAAACGAGACCAUGAAGUUCUUGGAUCUAUUUGGACGCCUGAAGUCUGUGGUUAUUGGGAUGAUUCACGUCAACGCCCUACCAGGAACCCCCAUGGGUUACAUGACAAUGCCCCAGAUCACCGAGGAAGCCUGCAGAGAGGCAGAGAUCUACCGCCAAGCAGGGAUCGACGGGCUGAUCAUUGAGAACAUGCACGACGUCCCUUACUGCUUCUCCGUGGGCCCCGAGGUGUGCGCCUGUAUGACCGCAGUGUGCGCCGCCGUGAGAGGCGUCUGUCCUCGCCUGCCGCUCGGAGUUCAGAUACUGUCCUCUGCUAACCAGCAGGCGGUGGCCGUGGCUCUGGCUUCAGGUCUGGACUUCAUCAGGGCCGAGGGCUUCGUCUUCUCUCACGUGGCCGACGAGGGUCUCCUGGACGCCUGCGCCGGGGACUUGCUGCGAUACCGCAAGCAGAUCGGCGCGGAACGCGUGCAGAUCUUCACCGACAUCAAAAAGAAGCACAGCUCACACGCCCUGACGUCGGACGUGAGCAUCGAGGAGACGGCGCGCGCCGCAGAGUUCUUCCUCUCGGACGGACUCAUCGUCACAGGAGCGGCCACCGGAGCGCCGGCCGACCCGCGGGAACUCCGAGAUGUUUCCCAGCGUGUGAGCAUCCCGGUGCUGAUUGGCUCAGGAGUGACCUACGACAACGUGGAGCGCUACCUCCAUGCGAGCGGGAUGAUCAUCGGCUCUCAUUUCAAGGAGGGAGGCCGCUGGGCCGCCGCCGUCGACCCGGAGCAAGUGAAGAGGUUCAUGGGAAAGGUACGCGGCCUCCGGACACGAGGGAACGCCGCCUGAAAGACGUGUACUUGUACUACAACUGUGCGCGGGGCCACGUUUCACUCAUUCCACCUUAAGAAAACAUGUUUAUCAUCUUUGACAUUUUAUAAUAACACCAAAUAGAAAAACUGUAUUAGCACUCAAUUAACAAUGUGUCAAAUGAAUAAAAUGAGAACCAACCUGCUUGUGGGGGAAAUGGA